AUGAAGUUCUGCAAGACAUACGAGCAGUACAUGCAAGGUCAGGAUCAGAAGAAGCUUCCCGGCGUGGGUUUCAAAAAGCUGAAGAAGAUUUUGAAGAAGUGCAGAACAGGCAUUCACCCGCACGGGAAUGGAGUGCCCUGUCCCAGCCAAUGCCCAGUAAGGGCAAAACGCAGUUACGGACGGUCUGUGAUGGAACCUUCUUCUCAUCCCUUCUCAAAGAAAUGUCUGCAGUGGUUGGCUGCUUCAACGAGCGAGCACAGAAAUUGCUUGAACUACACCUUGCUUCAGGUUUCCGGAAGUAUUUUUUGUGGUUCAAAGAAAAGCAAACAACGCAGUCACGUUGCCUUAAUUCAAGAAGGACGGGACCUUGUUACUUAUGCUAUAAUCAAUGCUAUUGCAAUGCGCAAAAUCCUUAAGAAGUAUGACAAGGAAACUGUAUUUGAUCCGGUAGCUCUCACUUGUGGUCAUAUCUUCUGCUAUCUCUGUGCUUGCAAGGCUGCUUCAGUAACCAUUGUGGAUGGUUUAAAGGCCACCGAGCCAAAGGAAAAAUGUCCUCUCUGCCGAGAGGCUGGAGUUUAUGAAGCUGCUGUACACUUGGAAGAGCUGAGUAUUUUAUUAAGUGGAAGUUGUCCCGAAUAUUGGGAGGAGCGGCUUCAGGCCGAGAGGAUAGAGAGAGUUAAACAGACAAAGGAGCAUUGGGACUUGCAGUGCCGGGCAUUCAUGGGCAUGUGA